CAUUCUUGUUUCAAUCACUCCAAUUUCCCUUAUCCUUUCACAAAACUAUCCGAAAUCACGCGCUGUCUUACUCGAACCAAUUUUAGACAUGGGAAUUCGGUUGCCUUCGAUUCUCCUCAAUGCCAGGCAAGUUCUCAAAAAUCACGCUAUUUCUACUAGCAACCAAUAUGAUGUUCCGAAAGGUCACAUUGCAGUCUAUGUCGGAGAAAUCCAAAGGAAGCGGUUUUUAGUUCCAAUAUCAUACUUGAACCAUCCUAAAUUCAUGGAUUUGCUCAAGAGGGCAGAGGAAGAGUUUGGAUACAAUCAUCCUAUGGGUGGCUUGACAAUUCCCUGCAGAGAAGAUGCUUUCAUUGAUCUCACUUCAAGGCUACAUAGCUCUUGGUAGAUUAUGUAAAAAGAGAAGUCCCUUCCCCCACCCCCAAGUUUUGCCUAACAUUUUUUAUUUCCAUUCUUAGUUUGACAAAGUAGAAUCUCAUUGGAUAAGUUCUUGUAAAUGAGGGGAUAGAAAAGGUGGUUAGUUUGCCUCU